AUGCCCGGUGAGCGAUGCGGCGUGCAGCUACACUUCGAUGGCCAGGCUUCACAGCAGGCCAACAUUCUUAUCGCAUCAGACGGCAGCAACAGCCAGGUCAACCGACAGGUUGGCCUUAACAACAAGAUCAAGCUAGACAGCAUGACUUUGAUCCAGUCUCGCGGCAUAAUUUCACGAUCUGUACGAGAUGAGCUGCCCGAGUCGCUCGUCGAAUCUGGCUCGGUAAUGUUCUUGGGCGGCAAAGAUGUUGCUGGAUUUGCAUCCGUCUAUGACCCCCAGAAGGACCCAAGUACCAGCGGCACAGAGUCAUACACCUUGUUCUGGUCGGUCGGUAUACCGAGGGCCCGGGGAGACGAGCUGAUAGCGAAGGCCGGCUCGAAUCCCGAGAAGAUCAUUCCUCACCUCAUAGAUUACUUCCAAAACGACCUUGGCUAUGGCAAACCUUUAGAACUCAUCAUGCGAUCAGCGACUGAGGCUGUCCGGACGGGCCUUGUGACCAGCACUGUCAAGCCGAAGACGGAUUGGCGAAACGGUAUUGACAAAAAUUCGCGAGUGGUUCUCCUCGGCGACGCCGUGCACCCCAUGACGCCUGGCCGAGGCAUGGGUGCAAACCAGGCGCUGACUGAUGCCGCCAAUCUUGUCGAACUUUUCUACAAAGCAACAUUUGAGCAGGACGUGCCGUCAGAUGGGGAACUCGCCGCUUUAGCGCGCACAUUCGACGCAGAGAUGUACACUCGCGCGUUUAAGAUGGUGGAGGCCAGUGAGACCGUAACUUCGCUAGAUUUGACGACGUUAUCGGCUUGCUUUCUUCUCCACUUCACGGCGUUGACAGGCAAAAGCUUAAGCAUGGAUGCCACAAUCGAGUGGUUCGUCAACGGUCUCAUCAUCUUCUUGGACACAUGGCUGGAGCGUCCAGAUGUUCUGCCCAAAGUGUUGGCUAUCGACGAUGUGGAUGAAGCGGAUUACGUCUUCAUCUCCCACGCACAUUUUGACCAUCUUCCCGGAGCCGAUAGGAUCGCAAUCAAAACCGGAGCACAUGUUAUUGCUAACGGCGAAGCCAUUAACGUCCUUCGGUCAGCUGGAGUGCCCGAGGACCAGUUGAUCCCGGUAUCUGGUGGCGAGCGCAUCCCUCUUUUUCCUUUCAAGUGCCGUCAAGCUGCAGCUCGUGGUGAAGUUGACAUCGCUCCUGGGCCACCAGGCGCUCCUCCAGCUCCGGAUGCUAGAUUGGCCGCGGCCUCCGUCCAUGUCUGGCCUUCACUGCACUGUCUCAUGCCUGGUGGCUCGCAUGCCGAUGUGCCUGCAAUCAUGGAUACAGGCAAGGAGUAUGUUGGAGGAGCAAGCCAGUACGCUUGCACACUGGAUAUCACAUUCGGUAUGAAAUACGGCCUCCUCAAGAUCGGCGACCACAUGCCUCGCGAUGCUAUGGACUCGGGCAUGCGCUCUUUCGUAGACUACGUCAACGGCCCGGCGAGGGAAUGCAUGUCUCACUUUGACGGAGGGCAGCUAAUGUACAACUUCCUGUUCGGGGAGGGCAAGACACUGCUGUGGAACGGACAUCUGGGCGGGUACGAUGGAAUACUGAAGACGGUGCAACCACAGCCAGACGUGCUCAUUCAAGCAAUUGCUGGACGGGCGAACUUGAACGGAAGACCGUUUGAUGGAUCUGCGGCGCAGUUCGCGGUGCAAGUAUCGAAGCUUCUAGGAGAGCCAAAGAAGGUGAUCUGGUGUUUGCACGAUGAGGCGCCGAUCAAGCCGUGGACGGUGGAUGUAAGCCCAGCUACGCAAGCGGUCGAGAAGGAGACGGGUUCCAAGGUAACUGCACUGCAACUGGGUAGCAAUGCCGAUAACGAUGGCGCUGCCGACGGUGUCGGUGACGGCAACGGCCCCUCAUCCUCCCCGUCUUCCUCCUCCGCCUCCGCAUCACUGCUGUGUCCCGAAUGUGGGCAGACCUUCCGUCGGCGCGAGCAUCUAAGUCGACAUCUGGACCGCCACUCCGGCCGUCGUUCUCACGCAUGCAGUAUCUGUCGUCGCUGCUCAUACCAACCAAUUUCUGGCGAUGACGAGACUAUCCUCGUUGCGCAGCCUGUAGCCGAUGGCGACGUAUCCCCUGCCCCUACUCCGCCUUGUCAGAACUUGCAGCCUAUUACUUCGCAAUCUUGCGUCUCGGACCCUCCUCCGCUCGAGCCAGACCUCCUAUGGGACGCCCUCUUGACCCCUGCCCAAUUUCUGUUUCCUUUCUCACCGGCUACUUCUCUCGGAGUUGGGACAUCAACAGACUUUUGCUUCGGAGACACUGCUUUGGCUACCGUCGUUGAACCUGUGGAUGACCAGAGCGUGCAAAAUAGCUUCGGUGCAAAAGCAACACAAAGAGUAGGUGUAGAGGCCGUUGAGGUCAUUACUGAGCCAGGCAACCUGACAGCGGAGGAGGAAGACAUCUUGAUCGCUGAGUACAUUCCUCAUAUUCAAGAGCUAUCGAGCAAUGACGUUUUGACCUGUGCGCAAUCUCUAUUGUUGUUCCAUCAAAGCCAGUGGCUCUCGGGUGAGCGGAGCAUUGUCAUCGAGGUGCAAUUCUACCGGAAUAUCCUCGUCACCCUUUGUCGCCAACUGCUGUCUCGAGAGGGCACUUUGAUGCACACGCAUACAUCCGCUGAGGACGCGAACCACGCAUGGUCCCAGUGGAUACGAGCCGAAGCCAAACGAAGGAUCAUACACUUCACUUGGACUGAUGCGUACUGGUCAUCGAGUCACGAGCAGUGGCACCUUCUCCCGCCACCGCAGCCUUCAUUAACUAUUUGUGCUCUACUUGCACGCGUUGGUCUCGGCGAUGUAGCGCCGGCGAGUCUAGAGCAGCCGGCCAAGUCUACAAUACUGCUCUCGGCCAUCGUUCAGCAAGCUGCCGAGAGCGAUCUGCUUCGAGCUAUGGGACUCGGCUCUGUCGGCAGUACUGCUAGUCAACCCGGUCUAGCUCUAGGAAUGGGGACGAUGCUCUCCCAGAAAGCCUUCGAUGCUUUGUCCCAGGCAGGAUGCUCUCAGAUGUUGCGCGAAACGGACGCCGGAACCAACUCGAAUGACUUUGCUUUGCUCUCCCGAGUCCUUUGCAUUUGCUCAGUCACACCGUUGCGGCUACUCAAUCCCUACGGCAAAUGGCAGACGACAGAUGCAGGUCACAGCAAAGCCCGGUCCGAACUGUUGAACAUCAUACCGCAGAAUGUCAGCAGAGCAAGACACUGCUUGUACUACGCAGCGCAGGUUCUUCAAUACUUUCGCACUAUGAGAGUGGCAACAGUACUCGACAUCCUUAGCGUCUUGAUCUGCGUGCUCUACAUGGUGGUGUACGCAGAUGUUUUUUAG